AGUAUUCAGUCUGUUUAGAUUUUCUGUCUUUUCAUGAUUCAGUCUUGGUAGGUUGUGUGUUUCUAGGAAUUUAUCCACUUCUUCUAGGUCAUCCAGUUUGUUCGCAUAUAAUUGUUCAUAGUAAUCUAGAUGGUUAUUUUUAUAGUUCUUCUCAGUUGAACUAUCCUAUUAUUCUUUCACUGUGAACAUAUUUUUCUUUAUGUUCUUGAGCAUACUUAUAGAUAGCUGGUUUAAAAUCUUUUACUGCUAAUUCCGGCAUUUAAAUCAGUUCAGGGUCAGUCUCUGAUUGCAUUUCCUCUUGAACUUCUUUUAUUUCUCUCAAUACCUUUCUGUUUCUAUGUUGAUUAAUUUCAACUGUAUCUUGGUUGUUGUGAAUCAUAUAUUGUAGACAUUUUGAAUUCUGUUUAGUUCCCCUGAAGAUCGCUGAUUUUUUUUCAUUUGGUUUAGCAAGCACUUGAUUUGGCUGGACUCAUAUUGGCAACUGUCUCCUCUAUGGUGUGUGGUAACUCAAAUUUAGUUAAUUUAUUUACUCAACCAGAGAUUAGGAAGCGUUAACACAUAGAUCUCAGGCACCUUUUUCUGUGUGAAUUUGUCUUUCUGGUGGUCAUGACGACUGCAAAACUCUCCUUUGAUUCUUCAAGUUCAGUUAAGACUGGAGUUUUUCUAGUGGAAUUGCAGUUACCCUGCAUGGCAUGACUAGGUCUUUUUACAAGCUAAAGGCUGUAAACUUGGUAAACCCAUCCAGUGCCAUCCCUUCUUCUAAUUGUCAGUUCUCUUCCAGUAAAUACCUGAUUUUUGUUACUCUUCAGUAUCUCCAGAUAGUUUUUUUUUAAUAUUUUGUUCAGAGUGUAGUUGUUAUCUAUGUGAAAGUUGGUCUGAUAAAAUUAAUUCAGUCAUACUGGAACUUGAUUAUUGUUAAUUUUUGUAUGUGGUGUAAGGUAUGGGUCAAGGUUUGUUUUUUCCUCCAAAACUUAUAUCCAUUGUUCCAGCACAAUUUUUUGAAAAGACUUUUCUUUUCCCCAUUGAAUUACUUUGGUACAUUGGUCAAAAAACAGUUGCCCGUAUGUGUAUGGUUCUGUUUCCGGACUCUCUAUUCUGCUCCAUUGGUAUAUCUAUCUGUACUUACAUCAACACCACACUGAAGUAUCUAAAGUAUCAUAGCUUUAUAGUAAGACUUAUCAUUACAUAUAAAUCCUCAACACUGUUCCUUGCUUUGGCUAUUCUAGAUCCUUUGCAUAGCCAUAUACACUUUAACAUUUCCUUGCCAGCUUUUACCAGAAAGUUGACAAAUAAUUGGUUGAACAAGUAGAAGACAAAUGAGUAUGGUGAUAGAAAAUUUCAACAACACUCAGCCAACUUGAUUUGUAUAUUAUAGAAUACUACAGCCAUCAACAGCUGAAUAUACAUUCUUUUCCAGGGACACAUGAACAUUCUUCCGGAUAGACCGUAUGUUGAAAUCGUACAGAGUAUAUUUUCUCACCACUACAGAAUUCACUUAGAAAUGAGCAAUAAAAAGGCAUGAAGAGAAAAUGGUCAUAUUUGUGAAGAAUUAAUUAGAGCAAGAGUAGAGGGAGCUAUGUAAAGUUAAAAAAAAAAGUAUGCAUGCUUCCUUCUAGAAGUUCUAGAACACAGGCAGAUGGAGCCUUAGCUGCUGCCUCGGUCUUCAGUGCCACUGCCACUGCUGCCCACCACCAGCCAGCGUGUCCUCUGCUCACUUCAACCAGGGCCCCGCCUAUGGGUUGUCUGUUGAGGUCGAGAACAAGCUGGCCCAAAAGUGUGACCACAAGCAGGAGUAGGAGCUUCAAGAAUGGAUCGAGGGGGUGACAGGGCACCGCAUCAGCAACAAUUUCAUGGAUGGCCUCAAAGAUGGCAUUCUUUGCAAGUUCAUCAGUAAGUUUCAGCCAGGCUCCAUGAAGCAAGUCGGUGAGUCGACCCAAAAUUGGCACCAGCUGGAAAAUAUUGGCAGCUGCAUCAAGGCCAUCACCAAGUAUGGGGUGAAGUCCGCUGACAUUUUUGAGGCCAACGACCUGUUUGAGAAAACCAACCACACCCAGGUGCAGUCCACCCUCCCAGCCCUGGCCAAGACGAAAGGGAAUAAGGUGAAUGUAGGGGUGAGGUACGCAGAGAAGCAGGAACAGAAAUUUGAGCCAGAGAAGCUAAGAGAAGGGCAGAACAUCAUUAGGCUACAGAUGGGCACCAACAGAUUUGCUAGCCAGCAGGGCACGACAGCCUGUGGCACCCCGUGCCACCUCUGUGACCCCAAGCUGGGCAAGGACCGGCCCCUGGACCAGGCCACCAUCAGCCUGCAGAUAGGCACCAACAAGGGAGCCAGGCAGGCCGGCCUGACUGCAUCUGGGACCAAGCAACAGAUCUUUAAGCCUGGGCUGGGUAUGGAGCAUUGUGACAUGCUCAACAUCAGCCUUAAGAUGGGCAGCAACAAGGGGGCCUGGCAGCAGGCCAUGACAGUGUAUGGGCUGCUGUGCCAGGUCUAUGACCCCAAAAACUGCCUGACGCCUGAAUACUCAGAGCUGGGCAAGCCUGCCCACGACCACCACCCACACAACUGCUACAACUCAGCCUGGGGCCCUGGGCCCCCCUACCCUGCCUUCCCUCCAGGGAGGCCAGCUGGUGCUCUCAGCAGGGUUGAGCCGGCCCCACCGACCCCGUCCCCCUGCAUGGUGUCCUCCAGCCCCCUGGGACCCGCCUACAGGGUUAGCACUGGGGGGUCAGACUGGGGAGCCUGUGGUGGGGGAAGGGGGCCUUCCUCCUUGGAGCGCUGCAGGAUCCAAAAUUGA